CAUGAUGGCGGUUGAUUUGACUCCUCGGUUCAGAAGACUGAACAGCCAAACAAGAAGUUUUCGUGAAAAUAUACAACCUGGUUUCUCAGGGCCCUUUGGUGCCACUCAGCUGUGGCACAACAUCAUCCAGGCCCUGCAAACCCAGGUGGAGGUGCGCCGCUGUAGGAGGCAUCUACGUGUUCAUGCCGAAUGUUUCACAGGCUCAGACGCUGUGGAUGCCGUCCUCAGUUACUUGAUGCAGAAUGUGGUGUUUUGCACAAGUGAAGUAUCUCGCCUCAAAGCUGCUCGACUCUGCCAGGCUCUGAUGGAGGCAAAGGUGUUUGAACCGGUGGGCACAAAGCUGUUUCGCAGAGACAAGGAAGUGGCCUUUGAGGACAGCAGCUGUAGCCUUUACCGUUUUCUGGAAUAUAAAGUGUUACCCGGCUCCUCCAUGACGGAGUGCAGAAGUGACACAGAAAACAGGCCACCAGAUGAGCCAGAGAUUAAGAGGAAAAAGAGCUCCAGGCUGAAUGAAUUGAGAACAAUUUCCAAUCCUCUUGCUGUUGGACCAUCAGACCGGAGGGUUGAGAGGCUGCUGAGGACCAUCAACCUGCGACCUUCUGUGUCACCAGCUUUAAACACAGCCCCGACCUCUUCUGCCUUUCUGUCCAAGGCUGUGGUGGACGAGGUUUGGAAGCAGCAGACACUGCUGCAGCUGCUGCAGAUAGUGGAGUUGCCAAUGCUGGACUGCAUCCUGACUUCUCCUUCCAGGGUUCAGCCUCAGGCCUGCAGAGCUCCUCUGGCCACCCAGGACCUGGUUAUCUCUAACACAUGUCUGGAGAGAGAGCUGCCCGACACCCUUAACUUGCCCCAGUUUGAUGGUUGGCUGUUGGCAGCAGCAGACUGCUUGGAGCUUUUCCCCGACCAGCUGAUUGUGGUUGCAGGGGAACAGCUCAGCCAACAAGCCCCUGUAGAGGAUGGCAACGCAGAGCAAAUGGCAAGCCAGAAAAGGCUGCUCUUUGACACUAUUUCCAAGUACUACAGUGGACAGGAAAAAGCUCCACUCCUCUCAGGACGCUACCUAGAUAUACAUGCUGCGAUUCUGAAUCUAUUGGAUGAAGGGAAGGUGCCGGAUGCCAUAAGGGCAUCUCAGUUGUGCUUGCGGCUACUGGAGACAAGCGUGAGAGAUGAACUGCGGAGGCUACUGGCCCUCAUGGCAACAGCAGCUCACCCUGAUGCCUGCCGUCUGCAGAAACAAAUUGAUAACAGGGCCUUGGUCUGCCGCACUUUUCAGAAAGCAAUUGUCCAGAAUCAUGAGCUGACUCGACCCCAGAGCGAAACCCUGGUACUGUUCCUCAUGGACAAUCACACUGAGCUCUUCAAGACUCCUACAUGUCUUAUUGAAGCUGUGAGGAGAACACUGACGACUAUGCAGCAGGGAAAAGACCCUGAUUCGAUUGCCACAUUCACCUUCUGCCAGCAGGUGACACCACAGGAGUACGAGGACCAGCGUGAGGCUACCACCCUGGAGAGUCUCAAACAGCUUCUCCAUGACAUUUCCUCCAGCAAGCGCAUGCCUGUCAAGGAGAGGAGGAGGCUGCUCAAAGAGUUUGAAAAACAUCACCCUGUGGUUUUCCUCCAGCAUUUCUCCAGUACCUUCUGAAACACAGUUAGGGGGUAUUGGUUUGACUUCCAAGGUGCACUUCACAAAGCCAGUCUGAGAUGGCAAAGCGCUUACACUGACAAAUGAUACUACUUAAAUGCACAUCGUAGAUCUAAUAAAACCUACUGACCAUAUAAUUCAGGAUGAUUUAAAAACUGGAACACAGCCACCCCUCUAAUCUCACCUAAUGUCUAGUAUGUAUAGAUGGAGUGACAGUACGGCUAUUCCUAUAAUAAAUAUAAAUGGUGUUGCAUGACUGUAGCCUGUUCAAAGUAAUUUAAAUCUCAAGGGGCUAGAGUAGUUGAGGUUUUAAUUGUAGUUAUGCUGUUAACUUUUUUAUGUCCCAUAGCACUGGGUCUGUUAUCUGACUGAUGAACUGUUUGAGAUAUAGGUCUAUUUGUUGAAGGAAACGGGCUUAACUGUAGCUGUGACUGGUUUUGCACUAGUUUAUAAACAAUUACUUAUCAGUUCAUCUGAGAUACCAAGUGUUUAAAUAGGGGGUAGUCUGUGGGCUGUGUAAACUCUAGCUGUUAGUAGCAGCUGGCAUUUGUUGUAGAGUUUUUUUCAGUUCAACACUGGUGACACUGAUUUUAUGUUGUAGAAAUGAAUAAUGUUUAAAGGAUUGUUGCAUUGUUCUGAAAUUACCAUGAAAUAAGAGUAAGUUAUAAAAAUGAUAAAAGGGAUCACUGUAAUAAAAAAGUUUCUUCAGCCAUUUAGCUAGCUGUAGUCAGUGUACAGAUAAUGUUCUAAUUAAUGUACUUGUUGCAGGUAUUUGGAUAAAGCUAAUGCUUAAUUAUCCUAAUUACCCUUAUGAGUUCUAAUUUAAGAGAGGUUGAUUGGGUCUUUGGAAAUGGAAUUGUUUUCAGAAGUAAUGCUGUGCACUUGAUCAGGCAUUAAUAUUUCUACAUAUCAAAUGAAGAAAAACAAUAUUAUAGCUACCAUUUUGUUUCUUGUUUUGGGUUUUCUGUUUUACUGUAGCAUGCUAUAGUAUUGUCGAAGAAAAAUACUGAGUAUACACAACACUAAUACAGCUGAAUGAAGUGAAACAGUAUGUAAUGUGUUUUUGUUUGAGAUGAAGCACAAAGUUUGUUUGUUUUUUUUUGGUGAAAAGUUUAACUUGAAAUUAAAUAUGAAAUGAAAGUAGAAAGGGUACAAAAGUGUGCUAGGCUAACCGUAGCUCAGGUUAAUAUAUUUUGAUUUUAUGGGUAUUAAAUGCUUUUAGUGCCAGUAACUUGGUCAAGUAUCUUUUAGCUGUAACUUUUUAGGAUUUUACUUGAAAAAGGCAUAAAAGAUACUAAUUUAAUCUGUGGUAAAGCACAGUGCUCCAGUUGGAUUUUAUUCUUUUAACUGACAAAACUGGUCAAACAAAAAGUAAUUUGCAGUCAAAUCUCAUGUCAGUCAGCAUCUUUUGUUUUUUGCAAACACUGAACUCAUGUUAGGUUGCACUUUAUGAUGCUGAACCAUGCUUUACUUUCUGUUGAAAUAACACGUCUAAUAAA